AUGGAUCCAAGGAUUCCGUAUAGCCAGUCCACUGGGUAUAUGGGCCUUCUUAACAGUCAACAAGGAAGUGUCUGUCCUGAAAACUCUCCAUAUGAGACAUUUCCUUCUCUAUCUCAACAGUUCCCUCAGUUUAGUUCACAAGAAAGUGAGGCUCCAACUCCACCUACAGAGAUACCCGUGGAGCGUGGGAGGAGACAUAAAUGGACCCCAUCCGAGGACGAGAUGCUCAUCAGUGCCUGGUUAAAUACAUCGAAGGAUGCUAUAGUGGGCAAUAACCAAAAGUUUUCAACGUUCUGGAAAAGAGUGGGAGAUUAUUUCUUCGCAGCUCUGAAUGGUGGAGAUGGCGGAAAUGUUGUUAAAAGUAGCGAACAUGUUCAUUACAAGCAGAGGUGGCACAAGAUUAAUAUAGAAACCAACAGGUUUUGUGCUUCAUAUGCGGCUGCGGAGCGACAGAUAAGUAGUGGUCAGCAUGAGAAUGAUGUUCUCAAGAAGGCCCAUGAGAUCUUCUAUCUCGAUCACCAGUCCAAAUUUACACUUGAACAUGCGUGGUGUGUGUUGAGGUAUGAGCAGAAAUGGCUUAACCUCAACACCACUCACGCUACUGUAAGUUCAAAGCGGAAAACCGGUGUAUCAGAUUCCCAACCUACCACCCCAAAUGUUGGUGGAGAAGAGAUACGCCCCGAAGGAGUAAAGGCUGCAAAAGCUAAUCGGAGUGCAAUGGGUAAGGGAAAAUCUGUUGCUGACUGUACGGCGGUUUGGGAGCUGAGGAAGGAGGAUUUGGAGAGGAAAGAAAAGCUGUCAAAGCUUGCCAUCUUAGACACUCUUCUAGCCAGAACCGGACCACUCAGUGAGGCUGAAGAAGUAGCCAAAAACAAGCUCCUCGCCGAGUAUUUCUAG